UUGGCCGUACAGGAAGUGAAAGGUUUCUUUUCCGUUCGUAACCGGGCGCUUUUCAGCACGCGUACCGCGUAUUACAGUUUCUACAGAGGAUUAUAACAUAUUUUCUGUGAUAAUCUGGCUAUAUAAACACAGAGAUUAUGAAACCCAUUCUUCUACAGGGCCACGAGAGGUCCAUCACUCAGAUCAAAUACAACAGAGAGGGUGACCUACUGUUCUCAGUAGCCAAGGAUACAGUUGCCAAUGUUUGGUACUCUGUCAAUGGAGAAAGACUGGGCACUUACAAUGGUCACACAGGUGCCGUUUGGUGUGUGGAUGUUGACUGGGACACUAAGAACGUAUUGACCGGAUCUGCUGAUAACAGCUGCAGACUAUGGGACUGUGAGACAGGUAAGCAGCUAGCGCUGUUGGAAACCAGCUCAGCGGUCAGGACGUGCGGCUUUGACUUCAGUGGAAACAUCAUCAUGUUUUCAACAGACAAACAGAUGGGCUACCAGUGCUAUCUCAACUUCUUUGACCUGAGAGACCCCCAACAAAUCGAGGAUAACAGCCCAUACGUGUCCGUACCCUGCAAUGACUCCAAGAUCACCAGUGCAGUAUGGGGUCCGCUGGGAGAGUAUGUGAUUGCCGGCCAUGAAAGUGGAGAAAUCAACCAGUUUAGCGCUAAGUCAGGGGAGAUUCUGAAGAAAGCAAAGGAACACACCAAACAGAUCAAUGACAUCCAGUCAUGUGUGGAUCUCACGACUGUCAUCACUGCCUCCAAAGACUGUACUGCUAAGCUGUUUGACUCCACAACGCUUGACCACAUCAAAACCUUCAAGACGGAGCGACCUGUUAAUUCUGCAGCUAUUUCACCCAUUAUGGAUCAUGUGGUUAUGGGAGGUGGUCAGGAGGCCAUGGAAGUCACAACCACCUCUACAAGGAUUGGUAAAUUUGAAGCCAGGUUUUUCCACGCGGCUUAUGAAGAAGAGUUUGGGCGUGUGAAGGGACAUUUCGGCCCCAUCAACUGUGUGGCGUUCCACCCAGAUGGGAAAAGUUACAGCAGUGGAGGAGAGGAUGGUUAUGUAAGAAUUCAUUACUUCGAUCCCCAGUAUUUUGAUUUCGAGCUCGAGGCGUAAAAACAUCACGUUAAACCAUCCACAUUCCCAACAUCUGAACUGCACAAUAACACCAGAGAGUACAAGAGAGCCAGACAUGCAGCAAGCAUUUUAUAAGAUUGCCUUCAUACAGAUGCUGCAUUUGAGGUCUUUAAUGCAAUGCAUAUUUAACGAAUUUAACAUUCUGAAUAAACUGGGUUUGAGAUAUA